CCAUGAUGGAUGACGAGCUGUCUGCCUUGGUAGUGGACAAUGGGUCAGGGAUGUGCAAGGCAGGUUUUGGGGGUGAUGAUGCCCCUCGGGCUGUGUUCCCAUCCAUGGUGGGGCGUCCCCGACACCAGGGGGUGAUGGUAGGCAUGGGCCAGAAAGACUGCUACGUGGGAGAUGAGGCCCAGAGCAAGCGAGGCAUCCUGACCCUGAAGUAUCCCAUUGAGCAUGGAGUGGUCACCAACUGGGACGACAUGGAGAAGAUCUGGUACCACACUUUCUACAACGAGCUCCGUGUGACGCCAGAUGAGCACCCCAUCCUUCUCACGGAGGCCCCUCUGAAUCCAAAAAUCAACCGGGAAAAGAUGACUCAGAUCAUGUUUGAGGCCUUCAACACACCGGCCAUGUACGUGGCCAUCCAGGCUGUCCUGUCCCUCUAUGCUUCAGGACGGACCACAGGCAUCGUGAUGGACUCUGGGGACGGAGUCACUCACACCGUGCCCAUCUACGAAGGCUAUGCCCUGCCCCAUGCCAUUCUGCGUCUUGAUCUGGCAGGCAGAGACCUGACUGAUUACCUCAUGAAGAUCUUGACCGAACGAGGUUAUAACUUCACCACCACAGCUGAGAGAGAAAUCGUGCGUGACGUCAAAGAGAAGCUGUGCUACGUAGCUCUGGACUUUGAGCAGGAGAUGGUGAGCGCAGCUGCGUCCUCUUCGCUGGAAAGAAGCUAUGAGCUUCCCGACGGGCAGGUUAUCACCAUUGGGAAUGAGCGCUUCCGAUGUCCAGAAGCCAUUUUCCAGCCUUCCUUUCUGGGCACUGAGUCCAGUGGAAUCCACGAGGCAACCUUCAACUCCAUCAUGAAGUGUGACGUGGACAUCCGUAAGGAUUUGUACGCCAACACCGUGCUGUCUGGGGGCAGCACCAUGUACCCAGGCAUUGCUGACAGGAUGCAGAAAGAAAUCGUAGCCCUGGCCCCGAGCACCAUGAAGAUCAAGAUCAUAGUUCCCCCAGAGCGCAAGUAUUCGGUUUGGAUUGGGGGCUCCAUCCUCGCCAGCCUGUCCACUUUCCAGCAGAUGUGGAUCAGCAAGCAGGAGUAUGACGAGGCCGGCCCUCCCAUCGUUCACAGAAAGUGUUUCUGAACGGCUUUCCAGGUGAAGGGGCUUCUGUUUUUCUCUUCUCGAGGUUGCAGUAAAGAUGCGACUCUCAGCCACUAGAAUUAAGGUAAAUGGUCUGCUCUCCCCAGUGCGCACACCAGCAACUCUACCUCUCCAUCCCAGCGUCCUGGGCUGUGGUCCAGGUAAUCAUAUUAG